AUAGCCAUAUUCUUAAACCAAUACAACACAAAAAUCUAAAUACUUUACUGCUCUGUUUCUUACUCCCUGUUUUGAAGCAGAGUAAUCUGCUUUUCUCUUUUAUUACAACAAACAAAAAUAAUCCAUCUCAACUUUCUUCCCUGUUCAUGGCUCCUCUUUUUUGCUUACUCUUAUUCUCUCUCAUAUUCUCCUCAAGCCAAGCUCAGCGUCCACCAUCUCCUGGGUACAGCCCAAGUUCAAAAUUUGGUUCAAUUACCUUUGCUCAAGGCUUUAAGAACCUUUGGGGUCCUAAGCAUCAAAGCCUUAACCAUGACUCGUUGACCAUCUGGCUUGAUAGUAGCUCAGGAAGUGGUUUCAAGUCACUUCAUCCAUAUCGAUCCGGGUACUUCAGUACUGCUGUCAAACUCCAACCUGGUUAUACUGCUGGAGUUAUCACUUCAUAUUAUCUUUCCAACAAUCAACAGCAUCCUGGGAACCAUGACGAAAUCGAUAUUGAGUUCUUAGGGACAACCCCAGAUAAGCCGUACACGUUACAGACAAAUGUUUACGUAAGAGGAAGUGGAGAUGGAAACAUCAUAGGUAGAGAGAUGAAGUUCCAUCUCUGGUUUGAUCCAACCCAAGAUUUCCAUAACUAUGCCAUACUGUGGGACCCUAGUGAAAUCAUAUUCUUUGUGGAUGAUGUACCAAUAAGAAGUUAUCCAAGAAAGAGCGAUGCAACAUUCCCAGUGAGGCCCAUGUGGGUGUACGGAUCAAUAUGGGAUGCAUCCUCAUGGGCCACUGAGAAUGGAAAAUACAAAGCCGAUUACAAGUACCAACCCUUUGUUGGUAAGUACAUGGAUUUCAAGCUCAUCGGCUGCAAAUCAGAUGGACCCACUUCAUGCCGCUCGCCCUCCGUCACACCCUCCGGCACUACUGGCCUAACUUCCCAACAGUCCUCAGCCUUGGCUUGGGUUCAGAACAAUUACUUGGUCUAUGAUUAUUGCCAUGACCCCAAGAGGGACCAUACACAAACACCCGAGUGUUAAAAAGUUAAAUAACCUGGCUUCAAUUUGGUUCUUGUCAUUGGUGUGUGCUCCAAUAUAUAGUGUGCUUUGGCGUUUUUUUAGCAUUAUUAUGGUGUCAACACCAUACCGAUGUGACGCAAUUGAUUAGCGGCUUCAUAUAUUAUUUACUAAAUCAAAUUAUAUGGUGCUUUUUUUAUACUGUAAUUUGUAAUUUGGGAUUAAAGAAAAAUAUUCAAGUGUGACCGUGUGAUAGAUUAGGAGAGUCUUGAGAUGGCCCCCUUGCUAAAAUAGUUGCAAGAGUAGUUGACCGUCCGAGGCCCCCCGCUCUAUAUGAUUUGCAAAUGAUCAUUGGCCUUAUUUAACUAUAUUGUAAGUAUAUAUUUUCGUUUGUUAUUGUUGAAAAA